AAAUCCUGAUAUAUUCAGAAAUAUAAAUAUACGGACCUCGCGCUGCGUCAAAAAGUGCAAAAGCAAAUGGAAAGCGGAAUGUGAAAUAAGUUUUUUUAACAACAUAAAGAGUCUAGUUAGAAGAAUCGCAUAAUAGAACGUUAAAAAGAUGUUUACACUUCAACAUGCAAUCUUGCGACGUCUCAGCAAUGUUUCAACUUUUUAUAUUAUACGGAAUAUUCAUUCACACCUAGUACUUCGGAAGGAAUAUACCACCAAUAAGAACGAUAUGACAAACACUAAUCACUCUAUUCCCUUUUAUUACUCCACGAGCAGUGAUAGAGAGGAAAAUGAGAUAUUAUUGGAACCGGUGAGAUACAUUCUUCAAGUUCCCGGAAAACAAGUAAGAACGAAUUUAAUAAAAGCCUUCAAUUAUUGGCUAAGGAUACCGGACGACAAGCUCCAAACGAUCGAUAAUGUAACAACAAUGAUACACACUUCGACCGUUAUGAUUGAUGAUAUUCAAGAUAAUUCCAAUUUGCGAAGAGGCAUUCCUGUCACACAUUCGAUUUAUGGACUCCCUGACACAAUAAAUGCUGCAAAUUAUGUGUCUUUUGUUGCAUUGGAACGAAUUAUUAAUUUACUACAUCCAAAGGCGGUGAAAGUGUAUAUGGAACAAGUACUGGAGUUUUAUAGAGGUCAAGGGACGGAGGUCUUUUCGAGAAUUAAUUUAAUUUGUCCAACUGAAGCAGAUUACAAGGCGGUAGCAAUCAAGAAGGGUGGGAUCAUCAUCCACUUGGUGCUAAAAUUGAUGCAAUUGGUCUCAACUUAUGAAGAAGAUUUUUCAUUACUAACAAAUACCUUUAAAGUAUGGUAUCAAAUACGUGAUGAUUAUUGCAACUUGUGCCUUGAUGAAUACACCAACCAGAAAGGGUAUUGUGAGGAUUUGACCGAAGGGAAAUUUAGCUUUCCGAUUAUCCAUGCGCUUACACACAAUCCAGACGAUAAGGAAAUAAUAAGUAUUCUAAAACAACCGACAAAGGAUGACGAAAUAAAACGUUAUUGCGUUCAAUUAUUAGAGAAAUAUGGUUCCCUUGAAUACACGAGAAAUGUUAUUAAGGAACUGGACUCGAUCAUGAGGACUGAAAUUCAACGUUUAGGCGGUAACCCGCCUUUUGUGAGGCUUCUGGAUCAACUCGAUAAUUGGGAUAACAAAAACGUGCCUAAGAAUCACUUAGCUGGGACGUCAUGAAUUUACGAUUAUCUCUUUUUUGUAAAAACAGCAGAAACCUAGCCUUAUACAUGCCUUUUUCAUAAUGUUAUACAAGAUAUUUAUAUUAAAGGUAAAACAGUCAAGAUCCUAGUGAGUAAUACUUCGUCGAUCUAUGUCGAAUCGAUGUCAAAUUGACGUCAAUUUGACGAUGCAUGUCGUUUCGACAUCGUUUCGACAUCG